CUGAAUACAGACAUACUUUAAUUAACGAGUAAUAUAAUAAACCGAGCGAACAAGAUAUUGUGGAGGAAUUGCAAACGACAAAAGGCCGUCAACAGAGUACAAGAUAGAGGGUAUUAAUUAAUUUCCAACUAUAACAAUAAAUUUACAACUUAAGACAUCAUGUCGAUUGAAGCGUUAUCCGGCAAAGUUUUCCUGCUGGUAACUGGUGCGAGCCGCGGUAUCGGUCGCCAAAUCGCGAUAACAUUUGGAUCGAUGCUGGAGGAAGGCUCGCACGUGCUUUUAUUAGCGAGAAAUAAGGAAGGAUUGAAAGAAGUUGCAAAAAGUAUACCUUCUAAUGUGAAAGUUUGUACCAUUAGUGCGGACUUAAGUAAAUCAACUGAUACCAUAUUGAAAGAAUUCAUAUCGGAAUCUUUGAGGGGAACUACUUCCAAUGCGUUUGAUCGAGUGGUCCUGAUACAUAAUGUUGGCUUCAUCGGCAAUGUCUUCCAAACUCUAAACGAUAUAGUGGACCUGAACAUCUGGAGAGAAUUUUACGAUGUUAACUUUCAUGUGCCUGCCAUAUUAAACGCGGUGGUCAUGAAUACAUUUAAUAGUAAAGCUAUUAAGAAGACAAUCAUCAAUAUUACAUCGCCGUUGGCUAUUCAACCGCUCGUUUGUCUUGGCCAAUACUCCUCGGCAAAAGCAGCACGAGAAAUGUACUUUAAGGUCUUUGCUCUGGAAAAUCCUGAUGUUAAUGUGUUAAGUUACUCACCAGGACCUGUCGAUACGGAUAUGUACACAACAUUGUGCGAAAAAUUUGCUGAUUCAAAAACUAAAAAAAUGUUUAAUCAAAUGAAAGAGAUGGGAACCGUGUUGACUACAGAACAGACUGUCAAUCAUCUUGUGCAAGUCUUGAAAGAACAGAAAUAUAAUUCGGCUGAUCAUGUGGAUUAUUACGACAAAUCUACUUACGAGAGUAUUCAAAAAUCAAAAGAUACAUAACUUCUGCUCUAGCGUGAAGUGAUGGAUAGAUGCACAUGCGUAUCGCGCAUUACUAUAAUACAAACACACAUUGUUGCACGGUGCAGGUAUAUAGUUUUGUAAUAUUAAAGAUUGGGCUCGAGUACAAUCCCUGUUAAAAAAAUCGAUAGAAAACGAUAGGAACCGAUAGAAUCUGUCAAAUAUUUUAUCGUGUCCUAUCGUAUCUAGCGUUCCACUUUUCUAUUCCGAAAGAAAUGUUAUCGUUUUCUAUCAUUAUUUGAUAAAAGCGAUUUUAAUCGUUGAAAUAUCGAUAGAAUUUCUAUGAUAAUUACUUAUUGUUUUAUACUGUUUUGAUGAAAUUUAUAAUAAAUAAAUGAUUAAACAUUA